GUGCAAUUGCAGCUUCAGUUCGGAGUAAUGUGAUUUUUCGACUAGCGCGAUGAAUUCUAAAUUGAUAGGUAUUUCAAUAAGGCACAAGUGCUCCGAUGCGAUAAGUGAAGUUCCCCAUAAAGAGUUGAGAAAAUUUUCCAAGAAGAUAUUGCAUUCGAAGAGCAAAGGAGCUCCGAUUUCAAAAGGUUAUUUCCUAACCUCAAAACAAACUGAGAAUUAUAGCGAUUAUAGAAACUUUUUAUCCCAAAAAGAAUUUAAAGUGAUUAAACGAGAACAUGAAACGGCGUCAAGUGAAAAUAUAAAACAAAAUCGGGUUGUUGAAAAUGCACAGGAUAAAAGUGGAAAAUAUUCAAGUUAUCGCCUAACCUCUUCAGACAUGCCUGUUUACAAAUUUGUCUCACAGCGCAAUUUACUAAACAGAACAUUUCGUGCUACAGAAUAUGAAAUAAUUAAGCGAUCAAUGUCAACAUUUUCAAAUGGUUAUUAUAGGGGUUCACGUUGCGCAAGUACAAUUAAAACAAAAGAACAUUUCAUAGAAGACCAUGAAAGUUUGGAAAAGAUUUCGCAGAAGAAUACAUCUAUUAGAGUUAUUUCUGGAUCGAAGAAGUAUAUCGUAGAUAAUGAUUUAUGCAAGAAUAAAAAAUUUGACAUCAAAGUAGAACAAUUAUUUUAUGAAAACGAGUCAUUCAGUGAGAAACCAGUUUCUAUUAAACAGAUCCUCGAUCAAAGUGUGAAGAAGUUUCGAAAUAAACAAAGUGAAUAUAAAAUAAUUAAACGUAGGGACGGCGCAUCUAAAUUAAAAGAAUUAGGCACCAAGGAAUCUCCUGCAGCUGAAAUUAAUGAGGAUUCUUCAACAAGUGGCACAGAAACAAUUUCAGCUAAGUGUUCUGGUACGGAUAACACAAAUGGGAAUAAUAAUUCAGAAAAAAGUCAACGAGUGAAUGAAAUUAAUUUGCAAAUGCUUCCUUUGGACUUGUAUAAACAUAUAUUUCCGAAUGGAAAUCAGGGGUCUCUUUCUUCAGAGGAAAUAAAUUCCGUGAAAGAGGAACUGAAAGCUUUUGGUUUAAAUGUGGAUAGCCAGACACCUUUUCCGAACGUCCAUGUAGAAGUACCUGUUUUGGAGGGGAAAGACGUGGAAGAACAUUUUUAUAAUAUAGCCAGUGCCCAGGUUAAGCCUUACUUAAAAGUUGUGAAUGAACUUAUUCGCAAAGUUCCUCCACCUCCAGAGAAUUGGAUUCUACAAGAAGGAUGGACAAGAUACACAGAUGCAGGAUCAGAAAAGGUAGAUUAUCCUUUAGAAGACGGACUAAUAUUUGACGUGGAGGUCUGUAUGAAUGAAGGAUCGCUUCCCACAUUAGCUACAGCAGUUAGUAAAGAGGCUUGGUAUGGAUGGGUUUCGAAGUCCCUCGCGGAAGGUUCAGGUGCCGUCGUCAAAGAUCGUUUACUGUCCAUGGAUUUUCUUAUUCCCCUUGAAAGCAUCUUUUCAGAUCAUGGAAAAAAACUGAACAGCUUCCAAAAAAGGCCGAAGAUAGUUAUAGGUCAUAAUGUAUCAUACGACAGAGCCAGAAUUAAAGAACAAUAUUGGCUGAAUUCAACAGGGACUCGAUUUGUCGACACGAUGUCUAUGCACGUGUGCGUUAGCGGAAUCAACAGUUUCCAGAGAGCAUUGUUGAAAGCGGAUAAAGAAGACCUCGAGGACAGCUUACGCAGUCGCUCAUCUCUAAAUAAUCUGGGCGACGUUCAUGAACUUUACUGUGGACAGAAAAUCGAUAAGAAACCCAGAAACUUGUUCGUCGAUGGAACUCUUCUGGAAGUUCGAGAGCAGUUCAAUGAUUUGAUGAAAUAUUGUGCCUCCGAUGUCACAGCAACGCAUGACAUUUUGGAAAAGUUAUUUCCGAUGUUUCAGGAACGAUUUCCGCAUCCAGUUACUUUCGCUGGUAUGUUGGAGUUGGGCUCUGCUUAUCUUCCUGUGAAUUCUAACUGGCAGAGAUAUAUAGAAGAAUCAGAAUCUACUUUUGAGGAUAUGAACUACGAAGGAAAAGUAAUUUUAUCAAGGCGAGCGGAUGAAGUUUGCAGACUCAUGCAUAAUGAGAAAUACAAAGAGGAUUUGUGGAUGUGGGAUCAGGAUUGGAGCACUCAGGAUAUUAAAAUGAAGACAUCGUUGACGAAGGCCAGACUUAGGGAGAUAGAAAAGGCGAAGGCUGAGGAAAGGGAAAAGAGAGAAAAGGAAAGAGCUCAAGAGAAAAGAUUUUCGGAUGACGAAGAAGAGGGCGAUCCACUUGAAGCGAAAUUUGCUUAUCUUCAGGACACUAAAUACCUUCUUCCGGCGAGAAAGACUCACAUGCCUGGAUAUCCGAACUGGUAUCGAAAGCUUUGUCUAAAGAAAAACAGUGAGAAUUGGGUACCGGGUGCCCAGAGUAUUAGUACUUCUAUGCAAGUCGCGCCAAAGAUUUUAAACCUCACUUGGGAAAAUUAUCCUCUGCAUUAUAUCAGAGACCACGGUUGGGGAUUUCUGGUACCUCAUAGCAAUGACCUUAGUAUACAAACUAAUAUACCCUUGAAACAAUUGCUAGAUCAGUGUCCUCUGCCUCGUCAAUUAACUUCAGAAGCCCGAGUGGAUUACGCGAUGGCGACAUUAAGGGUGGACGUUCAGAACGAUCUUCACAAAACUGAGUUCUGGCGUUAUAAGAGAAAAGAGAGCCCAGUCAACGAAACCUUCUACAAAGGCAGUGGGAUAUGGUGCAACGUGGACAUCGACAACUGUUGUUGGUUCUUUAAACUACCUCACAAAGACGGGACUUCACAUAAAGUGGGAAACCCGCUAGCGAAAGACUUUCUGAACAAAUUCUCAGAGAAUGUUCUUGCUGGUCUGGAUGUCAGCGCGAGUUUGGUUCUGAAGAUUGCGAAGAUGCUUUCGUACUGGAGGAAUAACAGGGAUAGGAUACUUUCUCAGAUGGUGAUUUGGUUCGAGGAGGAGAGACUUCCAAAUGUUUUAAGGAAGGACAAAAGGAAGAUGCGAUUUGGUGCAAUCGUUCCUCAAGUCGUAGUCUCAGGAACGUUAACUCGAAGGGCAGUUGAACCGACCUGGAUGACUGCCUCUAACGCGCACGAAGAAAGAAUAGGAUCAGAGUUACGUGCCAUGAUACAAGCACCUCCAGGAUACAACAUCGUAGGUGCUGAUGUCGACAGUCAGGAACUUUGGAUCGCCUCCGUGAUUGGCGAUGCUCAUCAUGCUAAAAUUCACGGUGCCACACCUUUUGGAUGGAUGACUUUGAUCGGGAACAAAGCUGAUGGAACGGAUAUGCACAGUGUGACAGCCAAGGCGAUUGGCAUCUCAAGAGACCACGCCAAAGUUAUCAACUACGCGAGAAUUUACGGCGCUGGUCAGAAAUUCGCAGAGAGACUUUUGAAGCAAUUUAAUCCGUCAAUGACUGAAGCCGAAGCAGCCUCAAAGUCUAAAAAAAUGUUUGUUAUGACCAAGGGCAAGAAGGUUUAUAGACUAAAGAAGGAAUAUGUAAGUCAAGAGUUGGAAGAUAAAGAAUAUUCCGCAAGCAUGAUGUUCAGAAUAGCGAAGAUAUAUGGAAAAACUGCAGGAGAAAUGUUUGAAAAGGGUCAAUGGAUUGGAGGAUCGGAAUCAGCGAUGUUCAACAGGCUUGAGGAAAUCGCCGGAAGUCUAAAUCCGGCUACGCCUUUUUUGAACUCGAGACUUAGUCGUGCUUUAGAAGGACCUGGCGUCGAUGAGGAUAAAUAUCUACCCACAAAAGUUAACUGGGUGGUUCAAAGUGGAGCAGUCGACUUUUUGCAUUUGAUGCUGGUUUCAAUGCGAUGGCUAAUGCGAGAUAACGCAAGAUUCUGCCUCUCCUUUCAUGAUGAAAUUCGGUAUUUGGUAUCGACCAAGUAUAAGUAUAAUGCUGCACUUGCAAUGCAUAUUACAAAUUUGCUGACCAGGUCUUUUUGCUCUUCGCGACUUGGUAUACAAGACCUCCCGAUGUCUGUUGCGUUUUUUACUUCAGUUGAAGUUGAUACUGUAUUGAGAAAAGAAGCGAGUGCAGAUUGUAAGACGCCGUCCAAUCCUCACGGUCUCGAGAGUGGAUACGAAAUAUCACCUGGAGAGAAUUUGGAUAUUUGGAAGGCUAUUGAGAAGUCUGGCGGGUUGUUGGGUUCCUGGCAUGCGAGUAGAAGCAGGAUGAAUGCAGGCCAAGCAGAUUUGGUGAAGUGUAAAGAGGGCCUCAAGGAGGAGAUUCAAAUGAGCAUAUAAAGUUCUACCAGUCACAAAAUUGUUGGCCACAGGAAUUUGAACAAAAGCGACACGAAAGCAACGGGGAUGCAGACAAUGAAGAGGAAGAAGAUUCAAAAGAUAACGAAGA